AUGUCCACCACGCCGCGCUCCCGCUCGCGUUCCAAACGUUCGACGACCAACCUCGGCGACCUCCGUCUGGCGCCCCUGUCGGCCAAAUUCGCCGACGACAGCAACACCACUCCGCCUGCAGUCAAGACGCCCACCGCCGACCAUGCCGACGCGACCUUUUCCCGCCAACAUCCUUCAUACCUACAAGGAAAGUCAGCACCAACCACCCCGGGCAUCCUCAGCCGUAGCUCUAGUCGAAAACAUCUCGUAGGCGGAGGACUGAGCCGCAAAAACUCCCUCUACAAUGAUGACGACGACAACAACGAUGAAUAUGAUGAAGAAGUAACAUAUGCCUACACCGGUACCCGUGAUCCUCGUAAACUUCGCCGAGGAAGCGCAGACACUGCCCGUGCAAUUCCCAAAUCCAACAGUGAAGCAACCCUCCUCCCCAACAAACCUCACUCCCCGACUCGAAGAUAUAAAUAUCCCGUCCGAAGACCACGCACUGGAGCCAGCACACCCGCUGCCGUGGAUGAAUCCUGGCUCAGUCAUGCCGGAGCUACGGCAUCAGCUCUCGUACAAGAGGGAAAGGGACAAUCGUGGCUCGCUUCGAGAGAAGUGGUUGCGAGACCUACGACAGAGAGUGAGGAGGAGGAAGAUGAUGAUCAGUAUGAGGAAAUGGCUGCUUUGAGCGCCAGUACGGCACAAUUACAUUUCGCGCCAUUCGAUGGGGGAAGUCCGGUCAGUACGAGGGUCAGUAGGUGGGGGAGUCGAUAUGGAAGUCGGAAUGCUAGUCGCAGGACAAGUCGAAGGGCAAGCCCUAGUGCCGGGACGAGGACACCAAGGCCUGGAGAUGGGAUGGGAUAUUUUGACGGUCAUGAGGUCGAGAUGAUGGGUAGGAUGGGCAAGGGGGAGGAGAGUAGUGAGAGUGAGAUUGAGAUUGAGCAGUUGGGGGAAGGCAGUUUUGGGCUGGGACCGCUUGUGGAUCGAUUGAUGGGGUUCAAUCCGUUUCGAGGGGAUGAUGGGGUGGAGAGUACGGAUGAUGAGGGGUAUAUGGGUAAGGAGAAUGAGGGGAGGGAUGAAGCGUUGCGGCAGAGGAGCGUGGAGCUGAAGCGGCGGAGAGAUGAAAAGGCAAAGCUGGCAGCGCAUCCACCGCCCGCUCCCAUGGGCCAGGGAGGGAAUGGAGAGGGCGAGGUGGGAGGGUGGAGUGAUGCGGCUUGGUUGUUGAGCGUGGCUACCAAGGCGAUGUUCUAA